UGAUGGAGGCCAAGUGGAAAAGCAUGGUCAACUAUGUUCAGGACAUCCACCAACAUGGCACUCCUACAUUUCCCUGCUGUGCACAUCCACCUCUGGAGGGGGAAGCAAGGAACAAGGAGUGGCUAGAACCAGGAUCUACUGUAGCAGUUAAACUGGAGAGUGUAGCUACUAGAACAGCGCUUGUAAAGGAUGUUCAGCAGUUGUCCCCACAGCAUCAGACCUUUUCACUGGAGGCAUUUCACUCCCUCAUUCUACACUUUGCACCAAAGCACACUGGAUUCUCCUUCCUUGGGAUGUACAGCAGACUUCUUUUGGCAGCCCUGCAUUUCAACCACAAUGGCAGCAGAGAAGUUACUCGAACCAGUGAUGGUGAGGUGUGUUAUGCGGUUCGCUACCCAAGGUUCCUCAAAGGUGGCUAUGUAGUCCGUCCUAUUAAGGAAAAGCCAUCAUAUGCAUAUGCAUCAGCCCUCAUGGAUUCUCUGAGAGUGGAAUACUCCAGAUCACCACAGUCUCUACGAGAACGCAGCACUGUCUUGUCUUCCACUACACCUGCUCCCCUUUCCACAUCCCUCCAGAGGAUCAACAAGGAUGAGGCUGUUGGCGUGUAUCUAGCACAGCAUUCAAGAUUCAAUACGCGUUAAAAGGAUUAGUUCACUUUCAAAUGAAAAUUAGCUUA